GCGUGGCUCCAUCCUUUCUGCUCUUAGUGACUAAUGUUUACUUUCCAUUCCUGCUGACUCUGCUUCCAGACAGUAAGCGGGGACCCGAUCAGCUGAGCUCAGGAUAUCCUACCUUGAGUCACGUUGUGACGGGUCAGAUGACAGGCACUGAGUGAUGAAAAUAAAGGGAAGCACAUAAUCUAUCCUGAGCUUAAAAAAAUAUAUCAGAGCAGGAAUAUGUUUAAAGGCCUUUUUUCAAAGCAGAUGCAUGGAUUGGCCUAGCAGUAGCUGGUGUUUUCUGCAUUGAGGUUAGCCGGCAGUGCUGGGUCGUGAUAUAACUGGAAUGGAUGAUGUGUGUGAAAACUGUGCACAGGUGCUGUGGAACUACCUUCAGAUGCACCACCCCCUCGCUCAGAGUGAUGUGAUAAUUGGCCUGGGCUGCCAUGAUAUUCGGGUUGCGGAGCGAUCGGCCAGCCUGUUCCUGGAGGGAUGGGCUCCCUGGUUGUUGUUUACAGGAUACCUGGGGAACCAGACUGCAGGUGUCUGGCAGCGUCCAGAAGCUGAAAUCUUCACCGAUGUUGCUGUUAAAAUGGGAGUCCCCAGGGACAGGAUAUUGCUUGAGACUGGAGCCACCAAUACAGGGGAGAACAUCAGGUUUUCUUUUCAAGUACUGAUGGAGCAAAGUAUUCCAGCUUGCAGGGUAAUACUGGUCCAGCAGCCAUUCAUGGAGCGGCGGGUGUAUGCAACCUUCCUGCAGCAGUGGCCUGGAGAGAACACACAAGCCAUCGUCACCUCCCCUGAGGUCCAGCUCCAAAGCUUCCCCAACCACCAAGUGGGCAGCAUGCAGGACCUCAUUGGAUACAUGUUAGGUAUUCUUGAAAGAAUCCGGGAUUAUCCUCAGAAAGGCUUUCAGGUGGAACAGGAGAUCUCGUCUGAAGCUCUAGGCGCCUAUCAGUGGUUCUUACAAGCAGGCUAUAGUCCUAAAUAAAGUGGCACAAGUUAAAGGAUUGUCUUUUUUUCUGGUCUUAAUACUUUAUCUCAGGAUUUAGCUGUGCUGCUGUUUAGAUCAAUGAAACAGACCCUGUUAUGUCUAAAAAUGUGCUGCUUAACAUACUCACACGUGGAAGGUUGAGGCUUCAACUCGCUGUCAAAUUGCUGUUCUGGAUCAAUGCAAAAGAAACAUACAGUGCUAUGCUGUAGGUGAGGAAAUGAAGAAUGCUACCCAGUCCCUUGUGCAUUCUGAGCACUUGUGGAAGUGAAAUUAAGUGUCAGUGCUUUCCAGCAUCUAAAUGAUUUUAUUAACAACAACAAAAAAACCUACAUGCCCAUGUUUAUUAAAAAAAAACUGUUUUGAAUAAAUUAUAUUCAACUGUUAAUGAGCAUCAUAAUUGGUCCCAUGGAAUCCUGCUGUAACCGAGGCAGCUGCUGUGUGUGCUCAGAAUCCUAGCAGCAGGUCAGUUGCUCCUGGUGGGUUAGCCUCACUUAGCCCAUGCUGAGUGGUCUGCAAUAUUCAGCUUGAAUGAUGUAGUCCUUCCGUGUGAAUAGAGUGUAGUUUUAUAACUGGGUGUAAGGCAAACCAAAAUGACGGAAAAGUGUGAGUGUUCAGGAGAAGGCAUCAGUUGAAAGUGUACCUGUUGAUUUCGUUUCUUCCAGUUUUAUCUUUGAGUUCUGAUUGUGUGUUUUGAAAUCAUAGACUACAAACCACAGAUAAAGUAUUGUAACACAUUUGAACGAAAAACAAAAAUAAAACAUGACAAAGUGAAACAGUGGAACUGAAAUACUGUAUAGUCACCUGCAGAAGGAUGUAUUGUUUAAUUUGUCAUUAAAUAAC